ACAGCAGAUUUACUUUUCACUUGCUAAGGAGAUACUGAGAAAGAUCCAAUCUCGGGAGUUGCUAAAGUCAAAUUAAAGAGGAGCAAUCCGGGAGAGUCCACCGAGUGUCAACAUGAUCGACUUGAGUUUUUUGACACAGGAAGAGUCUGAGAAGAUUAUGGCUGUGCUGAAAAGAGAUGCUGAGCUGAAAAAGGCUGAGGAGAAACGAAUACAGAACCUACAGAGGACUGUUGCUGAUAAAAGCCAGCUGAAAUGUCUGACUGGAGAAUGGUUCUAUGAGUCUAAGCAGCUUCGACAUCAGGAGUGCAUCCAUGGCUCCGAUAUCAUUAGGGCUUCCAUUAGACGCAAGUCUAUACCACUGACCAAAGUGGAAGUCUCUCACACAUUGACUAAAAAGUCCAGUUUUGGAACCAAUGAAAGGAAGGGAGCUUCUGAACCAUCUUCACCCUGUAGACUCAGGGAAGAACCCAACAUUGCAGGGUAUCAAAACCGCGAUUUACAGGAAACUUCAAGCAAUGCUGCAGAAGUUGUGUUACAAUCAAGGCCUAAAUGGAGACAAAAUCCAUUUAACAGCGAACACACAGAGGCUAUUAAUAGCCAGCAAUUGGAUGGAGAGAUGGAUCUGACCCUAUCAGAAAACAAGACUGUUUCAGAGCAGUAUUAUCCAGAACCAGUGAUUACAGCAGAGUCGGGAUUAGUUUUGGCUGCACAUAAGCGAGGAUCAAUCCAGAAGAGCGACGAAGUCAAAAGGAGUCCAUUGAAGACCUUGCAUCCAAGGGUUCUUCCAAAAGAAACUCCCAAAGAACCCAACCCAGAAUCAAAUCCCUUCAGAACAUUUCCUAUAGACCUUAACGUGAAGCCCCAAACCACUGCAGAGCUGGAAAGAAAACCGUCAGCAGGAAUGAGACCACGGACGGGAUCUUCACAAACAAUAAUGCCAUCAAAAUUGAAUCCCUUUGAAGACAUCACUCCUCCUCUCACUUUAGAGGUAAUAGAUGGAGAAACGUGUCAUGGGCAAGCAAAACAACCAAGCAUAUCAACAUCUACAUUUUCUUCAGAAUCAAACAAAACUUCAGAGACAAUGGCACCCUUUACACAACUAGCAAGGGCCUUCAUCCCACAGGACAAUCAGCAUUAUCUUGGGCCACAGGAGAAGGCCCACAUUCCUUCUUUCCAAGCAGUUGAACACGCUGGUGAAGAGACUGAUGCUGCCGACAAAAUGAUAAAAGCCCCCAGCGCAUCAUCCGGAAACCAAAGUGACCAGAAUUCUCCAA